AAACUUUAUUAUUUAAAGGCGUAACUAAAAUACAAUUUUCUUAUACAAAAUAAAAAUAAAAAUUGAGCUUGAACAAAUUAAGUUCUGCAAUUUUUACAAGAAAAAUUAAAAGAUAUAGUUAGGUCAAUGAACUGUUGUACUUAAUAUGCAACAAUGUUUAUGAUUUGGGGAGACUGGUUCACAGGUGGUGUGCAAUCUGUAGACACACAAAGCCUCAUUGAUUCUGUAAUUAUAACGAAUAAAAGUAUUAUAAGGAGAAUUCGCGUACCCACCUAUGAAAUGUACAAAACUCAUUGGCGUAAUGGUGAGAUAUUUCUCGAUCCCGAAAUACAGAGAAAAUAUUGGGCAGCAUCUUUUCUUCUACCUAUUGGAAUAAUUUUUAUUCUUGCUCUGAUAGUUCUUUUAAUGGUUUUGUUCAAAAGAUGUCCACAAAUGGUCGCCGCGAUUGUUGGAUCGAUUCUUGGCAUUAUUAUCAUAUUUACUGCUCUGAUAUCAAUUAAUCAUACUCCGAUUUAUAUUUGACAUUCUCUGACAUUGUUCUUACAAAAUACACAAUGUAACGUUUUAUUUUUUUUAGUAUAUCCAUAACAUCACAGAUCAAGAUUGAUGUAAAGAUUAUUGUAUCAUCAAUAUAAUGAUUACAUACACACAUAUAC